AUGUCUGACGAUUUCGAAGCUCCAGAUCCAAAUAUUAAAUCAAUCAUCUCACACGAUACCCUUAAAUGGAUCUUUGUCGGCGGUAAAGGUGGUGUUGGUAAAACCACAUCAUCAUCAUCAAUUUCAAUUCAAUUGGCAUUAAAUAACCCAACAAAGCAAUAUUUAUUAAUCUCCACUGAUCCUGCUCACAAUCUAAGUGAUGCAUUUGGUGAAAAAUUUGGUAAAGAUGCUAGAAAAGUUACAGGUAUGAACAAUUUAUCAUGUAUGGAAAUUGAUCCAUCAUCAACAAUUCAAGAUUUAAGUGCAAAUUUUGAUACUGCUCAAUCUAAUGAUCCUUUGAAAAACAUGAUGAGUGACCUAACUUCUUCCAUUCCUGGGAUUGAUGAAGCUUUAUCAUUUAUGGAAGUUCUGAAACAUAUUAAAAACCAAUCAAAUAAACCUGAUCAAGAUGGUGAUAUUGAAACUAUUCAAUAUGAUACAAUUAUCUUUGAUACUGCACCAACUGGUCAUACCCUAAGAUUUUUACAACUGCCACAAACAUUUUCAAAAUUACUGGCUAAAUUUGAUGAACUUUCUGGAAGAUUUGGAGGUUUAUUAAAUAAUUUAGGUGGUGCACAAAUGGGUGAUAUUAAUUCCAAAAUGUCUGAAUUAAAAGAAUUAACAGCUUUGAUCAAUGAACAAUUCACAGAUCCUGAAAUAACUACUUUUGUUGUUGUUUGUAUUGCUGAAUUUUUAUCAUUAUAUGAAAGUGAAAGAUUAAUUCAAGAAUUGGAUUCUUAUGGUAUAGAUUCAAGUACUAUUAUUGUGAAUCAAUUGUUAUUUACACAAAAUGAUGAUCCUUGUAAAAGAUGUCAAGCUAGAUCUAAAAUGCAAAACAAAUAUUUGAAUGAAAUGAAUGAAUUAUAUGAAGAUUUCCAUUUGGUUAAAGUUCCUUUAGUUAAUACUGAAGUUCGUGGUUUAGAAAAAUUGAAGAAAUUUUCAAAAUUUUUAGUUGAUCCAUACGUUCCUGGUGGAAGUGUUGAUUUAGAAUAG